AUGGAGACUAUGCGUGAGAUACUAGCAAGCGCAAUGUCGCUCGCCUCAUGGAGAACCCUAGCCUUGAUUCUGGCAGUUAUCAAUUUGAAAAGUCUCCCAUUCGUCUGGCAUUUCCGCCUGCUGUACCACGUCCUGCGCAACGUUCGUCUGAAACCGAGUGCCCCAUUCCUUUCCAAGGGAGUGGCAGCUGUGGAUGCCCAAGGCAAACCAACACAUCCUCUGUUCGUGCCAAGCAUGGUUACAUCUCGCACGCCAUUGCUGGAGACCGACUACAACUUGCACAAGUCCAACAGCACGUACUUCACCGACUUGGAUGUCUCGCGUACAGCAUUAGUGAGCCGAAUUUACAGUCCCGGGGUGGGCUUGAUCAGCAAAGAGCUAGACCGAGAGUUCCUAGCCGCAAGCAAGAAGGCCGGAAAGCCUGCGCCCAGGCGCAAGCCAGUCUUGAUUGUGCUUGGAUCCGUCUACUGCACCUUUAAGCGUGAGAUCAAGCCAUUUGAGCUCUAUGAGAUGCACUCCAAGGUUAUUUCUUGGGACAAGAAGUGGAUCAAGUAUGUGGUCAAGAAGGGCAGGCUGACGGUACCGCCGGAGCGAAUUCUGCGUACCGGCGGGUUCCUGCCUGCGCCGCCCCCGGAGAUCGAGGGCAAGACCGCCUUAGCCGAUUCCUCCGCUGAGACUUCAGGCGAUGAGACUCCUGGUAAUGGCGAAGGCAUUACAGCCACAGGGGACGUCGAUGGACCAUUGGUUCAGGAGGUGUUGAAAUUGAACGAUGAUCAAAUCCCAGGCCAGGAGGCUCUCGAGAAGCAGCAGCAAGAGAAUACUGACUCUUGGAGUGCCAAGGAAUGGACCUGGGAGCGCAUUGAACAGGAACGGUUGCGGGGACUGAAGGUCGUCGAUGGAUAUACCGAUCUGGAUAACAAGCUAAUCGACGAAUGGGCGGUAUAG